CCCAAGUGAUUUCAGUGUGUCCAAUCCAUGGCGGACUCCAUAUAGCAGUCAGGUCACUGCGUUACCAAGGUCACCAAUGGCUCUUCUGCCAAAGGGGAGCUCAUCACUUUUUCUCUUAAUCUUCUUUCCGAUCGUAUUCUCUGCAAUUGCCACCAGAUCGGCGUUCGAAGAAGAAGAGUUCACCGAGGAAUUGCUGCUUAAACCUUUACCUGAUUCUAAAGUGCUGGCACAUUUCCACUUCCAAAGCAAUGCUCCCCUCAUCGAUUCCUUUGCUCGUCAUCACCACCUCUUCCCCAAAGCUAUCUCUCAGUUGGUUCAGAAGUAUCAUGUUAAUGCUAUGGAGUUAUCCUUUACACAAGGUCGUUGGAAUUAUGAAAGCUGGGGUGGUUUUGAUCCAAUAUCAAGCAGCAAUGCAAAGCCACCUGGAGUCGAGUUGUGGGCAGUCUUUGGUGUCCCAGAACAUGAGGUUGAUGCAUCUUGGAAGAAUUUAACACAUUCCCUGUCUGGACUCUUCUGUGCUUCAAUCAACUUCCUAGAGUCCUCUACCACUUAUUUUUCUCCUAAAUUGGUGUUUCAACCAGCUUCAGGAAGUUUGAGAUAUGGUACGUUGCCACGUGAAGCUGUAUGCACCGAGAAUCUAACUCCCUGGUUGAAACUCCUUCCAUGUCGAGAUAAAGCCGGUCUCUCUGCUUUAAUGGACAGACCAUCUAUUUACAGAAGCUUUUAUCACUCUCAGAGAUUGAGAUUGACCCUUGCCAAAUCUGCUGAUGGAUUAGACUCAGGAGUUAUGCUAGAACAAACUCUUACAGUUGUACUUCUGCCUAAUAGUCAGAGAGCUGGUACGAACUACGGCAGUGAAUCAAAAAUACAACCAAGCUGGUCUUUGAGUUCGAUUUUUGGCAGGCAAAUAUAUGGAAGAUGUGUUCUUGCCAAGUCAAGUAAUGUUUAUCUUCAUGUUGAAAGAGGUCUUGUGGCUCAACUUGAGAAUCUCCAGAAGGAUGCCUAUGAUACAGCUCCUGAAAAUUUCAAGAAUAACAUUGGCUUUGAAUUGUCCGUUAAUCCUGAAAGGGUGCAUAAGGAACUGGAAAAGACCCCCUCUAUUCUGUAUGAAUAUUCAAUCAAAGAGUAUAGUGAAACGGAAAAAUUUGAUUUAAGCCUGACAUGGAAGCAGCCAGUUCUUUGGUCAAGCCCACAUGCCCCUUUAUAUGCGAGUAGAUUUUUAAUGGGAAGCGGAAAUGAAAGGGGUGCAAUAGCAAUAUCUUUGAAAUCCACUGAAUCAACUCUGGGUUUCCUUGGUGCUAAUAAUGUUAAAGAGGGGUGUAGGUUCCAAGUUAACAUUCUACAAUUUGUGCCUUGGUACGUUAAGGUAUACUAUCAUACCCUACAGCUAUUUGUUGAUGAAAGGCGUCGAGUGGUCUCUGAUUUUGUUGAGAGUAUGCAUGUUUCUCCAUCUGAAGACAAAGUAUCACCUGGGGUGAUGGAGCUGGUUCUUAAAUUUCCCUGUGACAUGAAGUCAGCUGUCCUAAGUCUAGAGUUCGACAAGGGCUUUUUGCACAUUGAUGAGUAUCCUCCAGACGCCAAUCAAGGAUUUGACAUUCCAUCAGCAAUAAUAAGCUUUCCAAACUUCCAUGCUGGAUUGAAUUUUCCUGAUGACCCUAUAAACAAAUUACCCAUGUUAUCAAAAUUACAGGAGAAGGGUCCUGUUCUUUCAUACACGGAAAUUCUGCUGGUACCCUUGACGACGCCUGAUUUUAGCAUGCCUUACAAUGUCAUCACAAUUACAUGCACAGUGUUUGCAUUGUACUUUGGGUCUUUGCUAAAUGUGCUCCGGAGGCGUGUUGGAGAAGAGGAAAGACGUCUGAAAGAAAAAGGUGCUAAGAAAACAGGGUUUCUUCCUCAAGCAUUAGCUAAGUUGUCUGCCAAACUGAGGGGAAAAUCAUUAGAGACGUCUCAGCCAUCAUCAGCCUCAUCAUCUGUCUUUAGUCCAAAAUUGAUUCUCAAAGUGAUAAUUGUUGCGGGCGUUGCUGUUGCUUGGCAAUACUUCUCACAAUGAUAUACCACCCGAAUAGAUAAUUUCUUUUAGUGUACCAUAUUUGCAUAUGUUAAUUAAUGUUGCUUACAUUUCCUAAUUGAUUUUAAGGCAAACCCUGAUUCCAUCAACCUUUCAACGCAUGAUCAGCUCAAGUUUGUUGGCUAUACACAAAUUUUGCCCAUUA